AUCGAUGUACUCCCACCUCUAGAACUCACAAAGAAUUUUAUUUAUUUACCACUGAAGAUAUCCGCUGCAAUUUUAUUUUUAACUAUCAUCCAUUUACGCCAGCUAUUGCAAAUUGUUUGAAAUCGAGACAACAAUUCAGAGAUGGAGACGGAGGGCAGCAGGAGCGAAGACAUUGGGCCAGCGAAGACCAGGCCCACCUUAAGCGAGGAGUCUCUCGGGAGCAGCUCCUCGUCGUCGGUGCUCAACUCGUGGACCAUUUUGCCGGUGGCGAAGGAGAAGGAUGACGACCUAGAGAAGACCGAGGAGUUGGCGGAUUUAAGGCCGAGCAGUCGAGCGGACAAGCAGAAAAUCGAGAGAUGCAACAGGGUUGCGGCCGAGGAUCCCCAGGCGGACGACAUUUCCGAUGGUAUUUCGAUAAUCAGCGAUUGCGAGAGCACCGAUCGCAUCUCACCCAAUCUCUUUCUGCGCGAACCACUACUCGGUGACUUGGGUUUCGGGGAUUUGCCCACAAGUUCCGUGGAACUUAUUGCACCCAUACCGAUUAGCACUGGCCAGCAGCUGAAGGAGUAUCCCGAAAGGGAUGAGGUGCAGGUGCAGGAGUCAACGAACAUAGUGCGCUCCAAGUUCGAGCUUGAACUGCCACCACUGGUGCAGAAUGGCCUUACGGCCUUUUUCUAUGUGUCCGCCACUUUGGCCAUUCUGGCCUUUGUAGGCAAGCUUCGCAAUCCGGAGUGGCAGGUCCUCGGCGAGGACAAGCCCCUGGUCGAACUGGAACGCCGAGUGGGUGAGCUGGAGCUGCAAAACAAUCUGCUGCGCGCCGAGAUCGAUAUCAUGUCGAAGAAACUGCAGUAUCUGCUGGGCUCUGGCCAGGAUGGGGUGCAGCGUCAGGGGGCAGGCCGUGCCAAGGGCAAGACCUUCAAGGCCUGGCCCGGUAAUGGGGACUCCGUCAGUCCCGUGGACAUCACCAAGGCCGACCUGAAGCAGCCCUUCCAAUGCCCCGAUGGUCGUUUCGUUGAGAUCGCCGGCAUGUGUGUGGAGAACAAGCAGCAUUUGGACGAGCUAACCGAUGAGAUCGGCAGUGUCGUCAACGAUGUGCUACAGCAGUCCGGAGCCUUUCACAAGUUUGAAAAGAUCACCGAGAAGCUGGGCUCGUUUGCCGGCGAUGAAAACGAAAAUGUGGAUGCAAAAGCUGGGCCAAGAGCAGGCAAUUACCAAGCGAAAAUGGCUGGGCCAGAAACCGUGACUUCCCAUGGCCAGUCGUCGAAGCUGGCGGAUGGUUCGAAAGAUCGUUUUAGGCCCAAACAGUACAACCAGGAGCAGCACUCCUCGCACGAGCGCAAGCAUCGAAGACAGGAGCAGGAUCAUAGCCACUCCAAGGAGCAUGGCAAAAAGAAGUACUACGAUCAGUCGUCCAACAAUCGAGGGCGCUACAAUAAGAAGUCCAACGAACACUCCAAUGAGAACAGCAAGGAGCGCGAUCCGCAAAACGACAGCGGCAGUGGCGAGUGGCACGAGCGGAUGAUGCAACAGCGGGAGAACGCUCGCCACAAGCAUGCCCAGAAGCGCAACAAUAACAACUGGUACAUCGAGCGAGGCGAUGGUCGCGAACAGAUGCGUUCCGGAGAGACCCAACGCUGAAUGGAUCCAUUAUCAAGACGAUGGCCUCUUAAUCUUAACCGUAAUCCCCGAAAAAAGGGAUUGGAACUUAUGCCACAGAGGUCACAUACAUAUAUAUUUUAAUCCCAAGAUAUACUUAAGGACAACGUGUGCUAGUAAAGCGCAAACACCGAAUUUUUGCGCUGGUUCCUAACUCUAUACAUGUUUACCAUAUACAUAUUUCGACAACGUUUCUACAGGGUGUUUUUUCAAGACAGUAGGAUUCAGGAUUCAAGGGCUUUGAAACACACUGUAGAACCAGAGCUUAUGCAAGUGCUUAAUAUUUAUUUAUUUUUUAUCUUAUACCGUUUUUGGCUGCGUAAAAGCUAGCAUUAUCCUUGUAAUCCCGAUUUCGCAAUAUGUGCGAACACACAUACAGUUUCAAUAGUCAGUGUUAAAAGCUAGUGUAUCGCAUUUUUAAUGGAAACAUCAUACAUUUCGCACACAUUUAACUAAAGUGGCACUGCUAUGCGAACAGUUCUCAAGCAAUAUUUUGAAAUGGUUGGUGCAAUUCGAGUUAAAUGUGAGCAAUGUCUUUGUAUAAUAUCGGUUCCUCCCACUUAAAGGUGUGUUUUUGCUACUAAGUUCCAGCUCAACCUAAGAGACAGACCGAUCCAGGUGCGGAUUCACCUUGGCAAUGUCCGUCAAUAAAGAAAAAUCAAUCAAUUCCUUUCAACGAGUACGUGUAUAUCAAUGAUCCUUUUGAAACAUUAGAUUUCGCUAAAAUUAUGUAUUUAUAUAUACAUACAUAUAUAUAUUUGUGAUACCUAUACUAAUAUUUUUUUGUAGUCUA